CCCUCAACAACCCAAUCACAGCAAGCAACAAUACGAAGCCAUCACGUAUCGAUUGGCUAUCAAACCAAACUUGGAACUCACUUUGUCCAAUUAUUUGACCCUAUUCGACCUUUUUACCCCAGGUUAUACUCCAUCAAAGCGACUAUCGCAAAUCCUUCGCCAUGUCCAGCCAGCCUCUUUUGCAAACUGCUCCAGGCAAACGAAUUGCCCUACCUACCCGAGUCGAGCCAAAGGUCUUCUUCGCCAAUGAGCGCACGUUUCUAUCAUGGCUGAACUUCACCGUCAUCCUAGGUGCCCUGGCCAUUGGCAUGCUUAACUUUGGCGACCGUCCCGCCUUUAUCUCGGCCUUCCUGUUUACCGGCGUAGCCAUGCUCACCAUGAUAUACGCCCUGUUCACCUACCACUGGCGAGCGAAAUCGAUAAGAGUUAGAGGGCAGGCCGGGUUCGAUGACCGAUUCGGGCCCUCCGUGUUGGCCAUCAUCUUGCUUUUGGCCGUCGUUGUUAACUUCGUCCUGCGCAUAAUAUACUCUGGCAGUGAGGGCGGCAGAAACCAUUAAAUACCUCACUAUAUUGAGGAGCCACGGAUGAAACGAGGCCUUGGAUUCACCGAAGGAUGAUGUUUUGAUCGAUGAGCAUAUUUAACUCAAGUGGCAGUCUGGAGAAUCAUGGCAUCUGCACCUAUAUAUGUAUGCCAGGGACUGGCCAAUGUUUAGUGAUGCUUAUACCAAAAGUUUGACAGUUAUUGGGAGUGAGAUGACGAAGAAUUUGUACAGCAGAUAGCAUAGUA